GAACCAUUCGGAGGGAAGGCGGCGGAGGAGACGGAGGGGUCUAUUGCCGCAGGUGCGGAAGCGCCCCCCGCCCGCCCUCGCUCAGUGAGGCGCGUCCCCCCAGCCCCUUCGGCCGCCGGCGUCGUAUGGACGAUGUAAGCCGCGAAGAGCCGAGCUGCCGCGCCGGGCAGCGAUGGCCGCAGCCCGGCAAUAACGGUCCGGACCUCGCCUCGUGCGGCCCCGUGUCCUUUUGGGCCGGGGUGUGCGUGAGUGUCUGAGGGAAGCCGUCCUCGCCUCGCAGCCGCCGCCAUGUCCAGCUCCUCCUCGCAGACCCCUCCUCACCCCCAGCCCGCGCAGAGGAUGCGUCGCGGCGCCACCGCGUCCCCCACCGGAGCCCCAGUCGGUAGCAACGGGGUUGGCGUCGGAGGAGGAGGAGGAAUAGGAAGCGGCAGCGGCGGCGGCGCCCCCGGUGGCAGCGCUGCAACCAGCCGCCUCCUCCAGCCGAUCCGCGCCACCGUCCCUUACCAGCUCCUCCGGGGCAGCCAGCACAGCCCCACUCGCUCGGCCUCGCUCGGCGGCAGUAGCACCGGCCCGGGAGGAGCCCGUGGUGGGGGCAGCGGCAGCAGCCCGCCCCCGUCGAGCUCUACCCCGCCUCUGGCCCCGGGGGCCGGUACCCCCGCCGCCUCUCCGGGAGCAGGCGGUGCGACGGACCCGGGACGGGUGAAGGGGAGGCAAAGGCGCUCGCCCGACAGCAGCAGCAGCAACGGCAGGCGGAGGAGCAUCUCACCUGAGAGGAGGAGCCCCAGUUCGCCAAUAUAUAGAGUGGACCGGCCCAAAGCCCAGCAGAUUAGAACCUCUAGCACCAUAAGACGAACUUCUUCUUUGGAUACAAUAACAGGACCUUACCUCACAGGACAGUGGCCUCGAGAUCCUCACAUACAUUAUCCUUCAUGCAUGAAGGAUAAAUUUACUCAGACACCUAGCUGUUGGGCAGAAGAGAUAUUAGAAAAGAGAUCGCAUCAGCGUUCAGCUUCAUGGGGGAGCGCUGAUCAACUAAAAGAAAUUGCCAAAUUGCGGCAGCAGCUCCAGCGCAGUAAACAGAGUAGUCGUCACAAUAAAGAAAAAGAACGUCAGUCACCUCUCCAUGGCAACCAUAUAGCAAUCAAUCAGACUCAGACUUGUCUAUCAAGAUCAGUCCCUAUGCCACUGUCAAAUGUUUCAGUGCCAAAAUCAACUGUUUCACGUGUGCCGUGCAAUGUGGAGGGAAUAAGCCCUGAAUUAGAAAAAGUGUUCAUCAGAGAGAACAGUGGAAAGGAAGAGGUGUCCAAGCCUUUGGAUAUUCCUGAUGGUCGAAGAGCACCCCUACCUGCUCACUACCGUAGUAGCAGCACACGCAGCAUUGACACACAGACACCUUCUGUCCAAGAGCGCAGUAGCAGCUGCAGCAGCCAUUCCCCAUGUAUCUCUCCCUUUUGUCCUCCUGAAUCUCAGGAUGGGAGUCCUUGCUCCACUGAAGAAGCAUCGUAUGACCGUGACAAAGACAGUGGGAGUAGCUCACCGUUGCCCAAGUAUGCUUCGUCUCCUAAACCCAACAACAGCUACAUGUUCAAACGAGAGCCCCCCGAGGGAUGUGAGCGAGUGAAGGUCUUUGAGGAAAUGUCGACUCGUCAGCCUGUCUCAGCCCCUCUCUUUUCAUGCCCUGACAAAAACAAGGUUAAUUUCAUCCCGACCGGAUCAGCUUUCUGUCCUGUAAAACUGCUGGGCCCUUUGCUGCCUGCUUCUGACCUGACACUGAAGAGCUCUCCAAACUCUGGUCAAAGCACAUCUCUGAGCACUCUGACUGUCGAGCAGCUCUCCUCUCUGGUCUCUUUCUCCUCCCUCUCAGAUGACACCAGCACAACGGACUCUACUGAGGUCUUAGUCCCACAGCCAUCCCAGCAGCUGCCACAGCUUUUGCCGGAACUGCAGUCCGAAGAACACGCCUCUCCGCAAAACUAUGUGAUAAUCUAGAGUCAGGCAGAGUGUCCGUCUCAACUGCAUGAGUGGCACCUUUUUCUGAACAAAAACCAAGCUGCUUGAUCAGCAUCUUUCUAGAAUUCAGCGCUCUUCUUGGCAGGGACAGAAAUGCUUCUCUUCAGCAUUUUUGUGUGCGUGUGUGGUGCGUGGGUGGGCAGGUGGGAGUUCAGGAUGCUUGCAGAAUCUGUGUAUCAUUAAGCAUUUUUAGUGGAGACUAUGCAUUUCAUAGAAUGUUUGACCAGAUUAGUACUGUGUCCUGUGUUCUGUUUCAAAUUCUACAGUAUAAAUAAGCUCUAUAUCAAAACAAAGGUUGCCUGUCUAAAUAGAAUAUGUCUUGCUGUGUUGUGUUCUAUGGAAAAUACUGUAUUUCAGGAUUAUGUUUACAAUUUAUCCAGGUAUUUAUGUUUUGAACUUCUGUAAUAUCUACAAUGCAAAAAAAAAAUUAAAAAGAAAGAAAUGGCCACAACAGUUGCACAGUGCCCACCCGAUGGCCUAGCUUCAGGUACUUCUCUCUAAGUCUAAACUCAGGUAACUUGGAAUGUAUAUCAUAUUGGGAUAUUAAAUAUUUCACAGCUAAAAAGCUAAAGAGGGAACAUCACUCUUCUGCCUUUCCUUAUUUUAUGCAUUAAUAUUUCCUCAUUACAUUCCACUUUCUUGGAAAAAAUGCAUUCAAGUCCAGGGAGAUACCAACCCUGGCGGUGGGUGAACAUGAGGAGAACCAGCAAAUCCACGAUGCUCUGCCAUCACUUUUGUCAUGUGGUUACAAGUAAAACAACCAUUGCAUUUACCGUCAUUUCAGUGUGUAAAUUGUGACAUUUAAAAGUUUCAGGUGUUGCACUGUUGAUGACUGUUAAGCUGUUGUGAAUAAAAGUGUUCAGUACUAGGCUGUACAUAAGAAACAUUCCAUGGCACGUGUGUGUGAGAGGAUUUAAAGCAAGAAUGUUUUCAUUUAAUUUCAGCAGAUUUUUUUUUCAGGUCUCAGAAGAGGCGGUGGGAAUUUCCUCUCGUGUUUGCGUUGGCAAGUUAAGGAUGUGAAAUGCUACUGUUACCAUUUUAAGAGUCUAAUUAAUGUUUAGUUUCUCUUUUAGAGGAAAUGUUCAUUUGUGUGCUGGUUCGGGGGGAUUCUUGUGUUUUUGACAAACAGUGAUGGAUGAGCCUUUAUUUGUACAGUGGGGAUUUCGCACUUGGACUGAAACUCUCAGAAGCAACGUAUGAGGUUUUGUGAAAAAAAAAUAGAAAUAAGAAAGAAAAAAGCAAUAGUUUUUAAGUCACAUAAUCUAAUUGAAGCCUUUCCUAGGAAUCUCUGGUUUAGGCCACUAGCAGGUAGAUUCUUGUAGUUUGAAGAAGGCAGGUAGAAGAUGCUGGACCUUGUGAGCUGUACAAGAUGCUGCAUGGCCUAAGAGCAUCCUGUAGCAUAACCGUACUGCCCUGCAACUGCAAGAGCACGGCUUUCAGAGAUAAUACCUUGCAAUAUAAAGAGGACCCCAAAGGCAAAAGAGAGAUUCUCGUGUCUUUGCUUUCAGUUCAGUGGAAGUAACUUUAUGCAAGCCUGUUCAGAGGAAAGCUUGCUUCCCGUUUCAGGAACUGAAAAGAUUCACAGACUGCAGCUGAUGCAGCCUUUAUUUUAACUCCACCACUUUUUCUUCUGAGGAAGAAUUUUAGGUGGAGGGGGGACUGUUUAAAAAGCCCCCAUAAAGAGUACCUAAGAAACAUAGAAAACAGUGUGGGUAUGGGUGUGUGUGCUGCUGCAAGAUGAAACUCAGUUCCUUCCUGUCAUCACCAAAGAGUUUGGUACUAAUCUGUUAGGAAGUGUAGGCCAACAGCCUCUAAUCCAGUUGUUGUAUGGCUGUUAGAGUGGAAAGGUAAAAAUCUGUGUUUGCUCUCCCACCCCCACCCCCCAACAGUAAAUCUUUUUAAUACAGGCAUCUUUAACUUUGCUGAUCUCAGGCCUUGGUGAAAGCACUAUAUAGUUUGUAUGUUAAAGUAUAAAGGGGAAAAAAAUCCAGUUCUUGUGAUCCAGAUGUGAGUUCUUUAAAGUUUUGACAUUUCAAGCUGAAUAUUACAAGAUGCUUUUCUUAUCGUCUGGUGGUUUCCAAGUAUAAAUAUAUAGCUGUUGGGGUUGACGGUGAAACUGCCAGGUGGCUUAAAUCAAGAAUGAACUCUGGUGUACCAUAUUUACAGUGACGUUACUCAUUAUGUUUUCCCAUGAGAAACUAAAUAUUAAUUGUCACGCACAUUUGUUCUUAGCCUAUUGGAAGAUUUUUGAAUCAAAUAUGUUAAAAGUUGACGCUUUGGUAUGUAAAUCUCCCAGCAGUUGUUGAUCUCCAAUAUAUCCUACACCCAGCUGUAGAAAUUUGUCAAAUAUCUGUUUCAAGAGUUUUGUACAUAGUUGAACUGUUAUUUCUAGCCACAGUGCUGAACAGUAUUCGAAUUACCACACUAUUGCUUUACACGAGGAAGUGUGUGGCUUUUGUUUUGUAUUUUUUUCAGUAUAGAGGUUCCUGUGUCUUAUUUAAAUAAAAUUAUUAGGAAAAAGAAA